GUAAUUACACUGAGAGGUUUGUGGUCGAGUGUUCAAAUGUGACUGCCUGGCUCGACUUUCUGGACAGCUAGUUUGAUAAACCUGUACAGGCAUUUGUGUUUUUGAAGUGAACAAUGUGUGGAGUAAUUUCAACAGAGUUUUCCCAUCUAACUGCUGGCAAUUUUGAGAACUGCCUUGCCUCUGAUGAUGUUUUGGCUCACUUCUUUAAUGAUUUCCUAACUCUGCCAUCUUUCCCAGAGGCUUUGUUGUACAACCAGGAGACUGGGCAGUUUGAGAUAGUGAGUGAGGCGGCUGAGUGUGUCUCCAGAAGAAUCAGAUCAGUCUUACACCGCAGCAAAUCACAACUCCUUACCGGUGACCCCACAGUGCUGGCCAGAACCCCUCCAGUAGACAACCAUUACACUGUCUGUUGUCUGGACAGAGAGCAAGGAAUUCAGUGGAUCUUGAAGGAGAGAUUGCCCUUUUUCCUUCAAAGUGACUGCUACAGUGAAUACAGACUAGCCAAGUUGUUGUUUCAGAGGAACCCAAUCUUCCCAAUCCAGAGGUGGAAAGGCAGUUCAGGUCGAACCACCUUGUCAGCCCCACAACUGCAUUUUCCCUCCCAAUCUGACAAGGAAAAUAACAAGUUCCUAAAAGUCCUAACAUGCUCACAUUCUCAAGACAUUUCAGCUAAACAAGGGUCAGUGGGGUUGCACAAUGUUAGGAGUCUACACUCUGGCCAGAAGAAACAUAUCAUCACAGAAUGCAGGGAAUCAUCCAGAUGUUUCUCUGGCUGUUCUGAGCCAGAGAACCCAUGUACCUUUUCCUCUUUGUCCUCCUCAUGUUCCUUGUCUUUUAACCUUAUAAGUGAGAGAACCCAGGAACUUCAGACCUCACAACCAGACUUGAGCCUCUACUUCACUGAGCCAUCAGCUUGCCAGAAUUAUGAGUCUUCUGAAUUACAGCUGGAGAACCUGGCUGCCAAAGUUGUUAAACAGGUGCUUAACAAUGCACUGUGUGCGAUGGAUGCUCAGAGCCAGGCAAACACAUCUGACUGUUCCAGCAAAUCAGGAGACCAGACAAACUGUGCCAGCACAGACAGAUCCUGUGAAUGUAAAGUUUGCCAGCACUCGGCUGAUGGAGGCGAAGAAAGGUUGGGGGGAAAGAAAGAGAAAGUUCAAGAAGGCAAGAGGGGGAGUGGAGUUAAAGAAAAGACAGAGUGGUUUAAUAAGAAUAGGGAGGUGGGGAGCAGAGGCACAGACCAGGAAAAUAUCCUUGAUAUUUGUUGCCAUGGUACCUGUUGCCAUGACAAUAGACCAGGCCUGGAUGAGUUGAAGGACUUUUUGCAAGGAACGCCAGGAGAGAAACUUCUUAACCUCUGGAUGGAUAUAGAGAGACUGAAAACUACACAGAACAGACAGCGGAAGAACCGAAAUUUGGUCCUGAUGAGGAGCCGGUACCUGCUGAGCAGCAGCCAGAGCAGUCUCAAUGUGGAGCUGCUCUCCAGACUGGGACUGACUACCUCCCCCUGCUGGACAGAGGAGAAACUGCACUCAGUUCAGCCCUGCCUCACUGAGUCUCUGCUUUCCUACUGGGUUCCUCGGUUCUGGACGUCCCAGUAUGUUCAGGACGACCGUGAUGACUCCCCUCAUCUAGAGCUGUGGACAGAGUGCUGUGCUAUCCCUCUAUCAGACAUACAGCCCCACCAUGGUUCUAUGACUCUGCCUCCUCUCGGCCCUGACACAUGUCUGCCCCAGUCCACCCACGCUGUCCAUACACAGUUAUAUUUUAGCAGAAGUCAGUUACUGAGCAGCAGAAGAAUGGAAAAGAUGAUACUGGCUCUUUGUGUUGACUCGUAUGCCGGCUUAUACUUCACAAAAUUCUGUGAACAAUCUGGAAACCAGCUUUGGGAGAAUGCCGUUAACUUUUGGACUGACCUGCAGCACUACCAUGAGCUGUUCUAUCAGGAUGGACUGGACCCCUACAGAGUACAGAGAGAGGCACAGCUCCUUUACUCCACCUAUCUCUUCAGCUCUGCCAAGAGGACUAUCAGUGUUGAUGAAGACAUCAGAAGAGAGGUGUAUGACCAACUGAUGCCCGCUUUUGAGGAGCUGUUUGACAAGGUUGAGGAACACGUACUGAAUAUCCUGCUGGAGCCAUGGACACUGUUGGUCAGCAGGGACAAAGAGUCCUUCCAGAAGGUGCGUGUGCAGGAGGAGGUGCGCUGCAUCAACAGUCCGGAGUACAGGGAACUCCAAAGUCUGCACGAGGAAUCCGAGUGCCGACUGAAACAGGUGGAGCAGAGUGGUUCCAUGCUAUUUCGCUCUCCUAACACACCUUCAACUCCCUCCUCAAAGGGCCCUCAGGCAUCUGACUCUUGGUCCAGAGUGUCUCCAAAUUACCAAGGCUAUCGUCUAGGUUCCUUACUUCGUCACCGCCAUGAAAUUGGGCACUUUAUGUCUUUCCUAAAGAAUCAGGAUGCCAGUAUCCAUCUGACAUGCUGGCUGGAUCUGGAACAGUACAGAAGGACUUCUCAGAAGGAUGAGGCUGUCAGACAGGAGAGAUCGUCUCAUAUCGCAACCAAAUACCUCAACAGGAAGUACUUCUUUGGCUCUGACAGCCCCGCCACAACGGAGCAACAGAAUGAUAUACUGCGUCUGGCAGGUGGGCUGGAGCGUUUGAAGCUAGAAUGUCUCUCGAACCCCGUCGCUGUGGAGAUCCAGGACAUCAUCAGGAGUCACAUUGAGAAACAAUGGCUGCCUCUGUUCCUGUCCACAGCAGAGUUCACAGAGAGAGUGAAAGACAAACCAAAGCCCCAAGCAGCAGACAGGCUCGCACAGCACAUCUACCGUCGACGCAGAACGAGGAGAGAAGCCUGGAAGGCUGAGGGCCUGUGGAUGAGUUCCUCCAAAGAGAUCCUGUUGUUUCGACGGAUCCUUCUCAACCCCGUCACUUGUACGCAGUUCCAGCACUUUGUCUCUCUGAAGGGAGACUUCCUAGAAAAUGAUGUGCUCUUCUGGCUGGAGGUGCAGAGAUAUAAGGACCUCUGUCAUUCCCACAGCGAUGAGGCCACCAUCCAGCAGAAGAUCUCCACCAUCAUUAACUGUUUCAUCAACUCCUCCAUGCCCCCUGCCCUGCAGAUAGACAUCCCUCCUGAACAGGCCAAGCAUGUUCUGGAGAAACGCCAUGAGCUGGGCCCUUACAUCUUCAGAGAGGCACAGAUGUCAGUGUUCAGUGCUUUGCUGAAGUUUUGGCCUGAGUUUCAAGAGCUGAGCAGCAGCGUCCAAGAGGAGCAACUUCUUCCUUUGCUGCAAGAGAAACGAGUCAAACACAGAGCGAGAGUACGGAGACAGAGGAGGAAAGAGGAGGAAGAGGAAGAGGAGGAGGAGGAUGAGAGAAGAAGAGCUCAGGAAGAGCUGGAGAGACCAGAGUCAAGUUUUGGAGAGGAGGAAGAGAUGGAUGAUGAAGAUGAGGUAGAAGAAGAACAAGGGGGAAUAGGUGGAAAAAAACAGUGGAGGACACAGAGCAGAGUGCAGACUCCCACACAGCCGUUGUCGUGGUCCUACUCCAAGUAUGUGGCAGCUCUGAGGAGAGAGGAGUUGCUGUUGAGGAGACAAAGUCAGCUGGAAGCCUCGUUCUCCACAGCCUCAGACUCUGCCUCUGACCGCAGUGUCAAGUCAGCAGACAGUAAACACAGCCGCCAGCCGCUCUCACAUCGCUCCUCCAGAACGGACAGUAAACAGUGUAACAGAUAUAACAGGGGUGUGAGAGCCUGCAACAUGAAAUAAAACCAAAGUGCAAGAAGUGACUUCAUGCCGCACAGCUUUGACACAAACAGAUGAUGGUGCCUGACGCUGUUAUCGGAGCACGAUGAGUGAAAACUGAGAGCAGAGCUGCUACUGAUAUCCUGAUGCUGAGGUAGAGGUUUGAGGCUGGGUUUACACAUGAUG